AUGGAGGCUAUUGGGGCAGCUUCCGCCAUCCUGGCAAUUGCAACGGCCGGAGUACAAUGCUCUGUGAAGCUUGUGACUUUUGCAGGACAGGUCAAGACAUCGCCGGAACAUAUUACAAAGGUCGCCGAAGACGUCUCCUUGAAUGCCAGCAUUCUACAGCAACUGGGUGAAUUAGCUGAGGCGAGUGUAGAAAAGGAACACCCAGCAUCAGACGGCAACAAUACUACCGACAACAAUGUGAGCCCGGUUGCCGAUAUCAAGACGACAAUAUCGAAACAGAGUAUCUUCAACACAGCUGGACUGGAAACGGUUAUAAAGUUGGCAAAAAAAUGCGAAGGAAUCUUCCAGUCGCUGGACCAGUCCCUAGGCAAAGCAAGCAAGCAUUUGUAUGCGACAUCUAGGAUAUCGGACAAGGUCAAACUCAGUCGGACAGAGAUGUUCAAAUGGCCAUUCCUACUCCCGGGGAUAGAUACGAUGCGGACAGAGCUUAGAGAUGUCAAGGGAACUUUGCUGUUGAUGCUUCAGGUCGCUAUGCUGGCUUAUUCGAGACGGAUGAUGGGGGAUACUAUUCAGCGUACCACGGCUAUUGUUGCCUACUCCAGAGAGGAUCAGGACUUGCUGGUUCGGUCUAUUGUUGCGGCGCAGAAAUCCCAACAACCAUUAGAAAAAGAGCAAACGCAGUUCUCCCAAGUCUCGCUUCACUCUAAACAAGGCCCGCCCACAAUGGAUCCUGGAUUAAAUGGCACAGCGGCCAGUGCUCGAAAGGACCCAGACAUCAGCCUAGAGAGCAAUGUCGACGAUGAAGCAUCAAGGCAAUCAUCAGACUCUCAGUGCCAAACAUUUUCACCAUCGCGCAUAUUCAGCAUCAAUCUCAUCUCCCCGAGCGCGUCCAUCACAAACCAUCAAAUACACGUCAAGUACGAUGUCCGCAGUAUCAAACUCCCGGAUUCGAUGAUCCAAUCCCAGCUCUCAGAGUGGAAGAGAUCUUUAGGCACGACCGUGCUAGACCAGCUGGCUGCUCUAGAUAACAGUGAGUAUGACGCAUUAGAUGCCACGGAGAAUCACAGCGAAAAGACGUUGGAGUGGAUCCAGUUCGGCGAAUACCGGACCAUCCUUCAAGGCAUUGGAAUUGGACAUCUCAAGGCCAGGACCCUUACUGUGAUCAUGAGCGGGGUACCUCGGCCGACCUCACUGUUCGAAAAGAAAAGGAAAGAAUGGAAAAGGGAAGAAAAGAAAAGGGAAGACGAAGAGGAGGAAAGGGUAACGUGGAUUAAGGUUCAUCGAGAGCAUAUCCUUCCGGACACACUGAUAGAAUAUGGCCUGCCCUGGGAUUGGGAUGAGCAUGAUACCAACUACAUCGUCAUCAAGAAAUGGAUCACCGAGGAUUUGCAAGAAGAGUUAUAUGUUCAUACAAGAUGGUUACGGGAGAGUGAAGCGGUAACAAAGGCCUCAUCCACUACCACCGAGUUGAAGGUCGAACGAAAAGAGCAUAUGUAUCUCAUUCGCAAAAAGGAUUCAGCCGCACGCAGCAUAUCAGAGAUCGGACCAAGCAUACCCCUUAUCAACAGAGGAAAGCAAGAACAAGGCGGCAUGGAACAGACCCCAGAUGACGAGGAGGACGCCGAUAUGAAGGACGAGGAUAUGCGGCAGCGACUUCGCAGCGACUUUGACUACAAGGAGGAUGUCGAGGAGAUACUUAAUUGGAAGAGAGCGGAUGAGGGGAAUAGAGACAUGGGGGAGAAGCGUCAACGGGCCGAAAAGGAAACAGAUAACUACGAGGAUGAUGAGACCUUGUCAGAGAGCGAUGAUGCAGAAGGCAUUGUUGAUGCUCUGUUGGCAAGAUAUACUGUGUAG